UUCAAUAAAAUGGUUGUAAAGAGCAAAAAGAAGCGAAAUAGUAAGGAUUCUACGUCGAGCAAUGCAGGAAGCGGUGAGGGGGAAGAAAAGAAAAAGAAAGAGGGCGGUGGCAAGAAGAAAGGAGGCGUGGGAAAGUCCAUUGGAUGCGAUAUCUUUAAUGAUGCUGCCAUGGAAAAUGCCUACUAUGUGUGCCACAAUGUACAGGAUGUCUUGAAGUCACGAGGAUUUGCCUGGCCAGAUGGACAAAAAAAGAAAAAGAAGGGAAAGCGAUAGAGCAGUUUCUUAAAAAUUUCUUUAAGUUUUACCUUUUUGAUUUGUUUAAGUAGUGUUCCUAAUUUGUAUUUUCCCAAAAACCAUAACAAGUCAUCAUCAAUCGAAAAAUAAUUAAAAAAGUAGCCUGCUCAAUAUUAAACGUCAU